GGGGGCGGGGGGGGGGGCCGGGCCGCGCCCACCGCGGUGGUUUGGGGGGGCCCCGCCCCGCGGCCGCCCAAGGACGUUUAAAGGACCGACGGGGCCGCCGCUCGCAGCGCCCGACGCUGCGGCCGAGACCCUCUGAACUCUGCCUCGGGGCCCCCCGCAGCCCCCCAAGCCCCCUGGGCCGUGCGGGGGCCCCCCCCCACCCCGAGCAGCCCUCCCCUGAGCAGCCUCGGUGGCCACAGCCCCGCAACGAUGGUGACGCAGAUCCUGAGCACAGUGGAGGCCCAGGCUCCCAGCACCCCGGGGCCCUCAGGCUGUGGCCCUGUCCCCGUGGCUGUGCCCGUGGUGGCAGUGCCAGGGCCAGGGGUGGCAGCAGCACUGCCCAACGGGGCUCCCCCAGGGCCCCCCGUGGCCGACGACAGCAAAACCAACCUGAUCGUCAACUACCUGCCCCAGAGCAUGAGCCAGGAGGAGCUGCGGAGCCUCUUUGGCAGCCUCGGGGACAUCGAGUCCUGCAAGCUUGUCCGCGACAAGGUCACCGGGCAGAGCCUGGGCUACGGCUUCGUCAACUACGUUGAGGCGGGUGACGCUGACAAGGCCAUCAGCACCCUCAACGGCCUCAAGCUGCAGACCAAGACCAUCAAGGUGUCCUACGCUCGGCCCAGCUCGGCCUCCAUCCGUGAUGCCAACCUCUACGUGAGCGGCCUCCCCAAGGCCAUGGGGCAGAAGGAGAUGGAACAGCUCUUCUCUCAGUAUGGCCGCAUCAUCACCUCCCGCAUCCUUGUUGACCAGGUCACAGGUAUCUCACGAGGGGUGGGCUUCAUCCGCUUUGACAAGCGUGUGGAGGCAGAGGAGGCCGUCCGGGGGCUGCACGGGCAGAAACCAUUGGGUGCCGCCGAGCCCAUCACCGUCAAGUUCGCCAACAGCCCGGGCCAGAAGUCAGGGGGGGCCCUGCUCAGCCUCUGCCCCAGCGCCCGCCGCUAUGGAGCCCUGCACCACCCCCCCCAGCGCUUUCGGCUCGACAAUUUGCUGAACGUGGCCUAUGGCGUGAAGAGCCCGCUGUCGCUGCUGCCCAGGUUCUCCCCGCUGGCCAUCGAGGCGGUGCCAGGGCUGGCCGGGGUGGGCCUGGGGACCCCCGGCACUGGCUGGUGCAUCUUUGUCUACAACCUGGCACCCGAGGCGGACGAGAGUGUCCUCUGGCAGCUCUUCGGGCCCUUCGGUGCUGUCACCAAUGUGAAGGUCAUCCGCGACUUCGCCACCAACAAGUGCAAGGGCUUUGGCUUCGUCACCAUGACCAACUAUGAGGAGGCGGCCAUGGCCAUUGCCAGCCUCAAUGGCUACCGCCUGGGCGACCGCGUGCUCCAGGUCUCUUUCAAGACCAGCAAACAGCACAAGGCCUGAGACCCACCCCACUGGCUUCCCAGCCCCUGGAACCGGGUCCCCUGGCAUCACCAGGCCACAGGGACCCCCAUGAGCACCAAGGACACCCUGGAAAUCAUGGAGAACCCCCCUGAACACCUGAAGACCUUGGGGACACCCUCCAUGGGCGCCAAGGACUCUGUGGGGACACCCGAAGGAAACCAUGGGGACACCACCACCCCCCCUCCCCAGGCACCAAGGAUACUGCGGGGACCUCCCCACCCUGGAGACCAUGGACAACUCCCCCAGACACCUGGAGACCUUGGGGACCACCUCCAUGGGCACCAAGGACACCAUGGGGACAUCUGAAGGACAACCUGGAUACCGUGGACACCCCCACCCCUCUCCUGGGCACCAUGGACCCUGAGGACUCCCCCAGGUGUCCCAGAGCUCUUGGACACUGUGGGGGCAUGGAGAUGCCGGGGGCAUUCCCGAAGAGCCUCCUGCCCCACCACCCUGGAAAGUCUGGAGAGCUCCCAGGACACUGAGGACACACUGGGGACCCCCCAGCCACCUUGAAAACUCUGGGAAUUGCGAAGGAGUCUGGAUAUGGAGGGGGAGUCACCUCCAAAUUCCCCAGGAAUACCAUGGGCACCCCAAAGGCUCCGGGGACCUCCCCCCGCCCCCGCCCAGCACCGAGAUGUUGGGGGACCUCACCAGGCACUGCCAAGACACUGGAGGUAGGGCUCCCUUUCCACAUCACCCAGAGGCCAUGGUGACUUCCAGCGAGCCCAGGUACCUUGGGGACUCCCAGCACCCCCAGCACUGCCUGGGGCGGGUGCCAGACCAACACCCUCCCUCUCCUUUUUUGUUUCCCUCCUCUGGGCGGGUGGGUCGUGCACCCCCAAACGGGGAGAAAUGGGAUUCCCCCCUCCCUUAGGGCAGUCCGGCUCCCAUGGGGCGAGGCUGGGUUGGGCUGGGUAGACCCCGGGGGUCCUCCGGGACCGAGCUGCCCCCGGGGGUACCGGGGCGAGGGGUGGGGGGGGGAAGGGGAAGUGGGGACCCCGCCCCCCCGGAUCGAGGUCUCCUGGGUCUUAUCCCCGCCCCAUUUAGCCGCGUCACAGGGCUAGAUCCCGCCUCCCGGCUCGGCGGCCACGCCCCCGGCCCGGCGGCCACGCCCCCGGCUCGGCGCCCGCCCGUGGCGGCGCCCUCUGGCGGUGGCCGGACCCCCCGGAGCGGCGUCGGGUCCGCGGGUUCGAGCCCCGGUCCGGCCGCUGGCCCGGGGAGGGACCCCCACCCAUAGCACCCGAUUCGGCUUAUUUUGUCCCAAGGCUGGUGCCAAGGGGGGGCCGUGCCACCCUCCCCUCCGGCCCAGGAGUCCGGGGGUGUCUUCUCUCCUCUUUUUUCCAUUUUUUUUUUUUUUCUUUUUUGAGGGGGAAAUUUUUUUGGGAGAAAGAACAAACAAUAACGAAUAAUAACAAUAAUGGUAGCUCUAAAUGGUAGCGAGGAGAGAGACCGACACAGCGAGCGGUGACUCUUCCAGAGCGACAGACACAAAACCAUCUAUUUUUGUAAGAGAAGAAGAAAAAAAAAAAAAACCCUACAAAAAUAAAAUCCCCUGAAAUCCCCCCCAAACAACCCCUCUGGAGGGAAGUUGUGGGGGUGGGAAUCUGUUAUGUGCUCCCCUCCUCCCCCCCACCUCCACCCCGUUGCUUGGAGACAAGGCCAGAGGUUGUGAUCCCCAAGCACGGUCACAGCAUGUUUUUUUUUGGGGGGGCGGAAUGGCACUAAAAUGCCAUCAGGUUGAGGCUGUCAGGGAGUCCCGGUGUCCCUCAGCCUCCGGGGGUGGGGGUGGGGGUGUGUGUGUGUGCGCGUGUGUGUGUCUUGUCCAUACUGCCCUGUUCCCACCCUUCUCCAAAUACCCCAAAAUGGGCAUUUUUGCCCCAACCUCCUCAUCUUGCUGGGGUGGGUGCUUUUGCUUGGCCAGUUCGAGCAUCCUGGCCAAAGAAAAGGGUAGAAAAGUCCCUGAAACCUCCAACCCUCCUGACAGGCUGAGUCCCCCAUAGCAGCCCCAUCCAUUAUCAUUAUUAUUAUUAUUGUUAUUAUUAUUAUUAA